AACACACUUGUCACAGCUGCAUUUUGCUAGCGACCGUCUAAGGUGUUUACUUUGACCUUACGGUUUUUUUGUCUAUAAACGCUUUUGUGCAAUUAAAAUCAUUUGUUUAAAUAUUAUAUUUUGUUCAAUAGAUAAAUUAAAUUAAAUUUUUACAAACGCCAAAAUUACUGUAGUCGCCGCCGCAGUUAUUCGCUUUAUAUUAAACCGGCUACUUGACAAUUAGUGCAUUUAUAUUUCAUUUUUAUUUGGAAGAAUAAGAAUGAGUUUAGAAUCUAAUUUUAAAGUGAAUGAAAAUUAUAGAAAUUAAAUAUUUAAAAUGCCUCUUCCGUCCAUCACCGUCAUCCUUGGUGCAAUUUUUAUGAUUUAUGUUUCGUAUUCCGUAUAUACACUAUCGCAAUUAUUCACAACGCUUCAAUGUACAUCGACGCCGUGCUAUACAACGAUUUUAGCUAAACUACCGAAAUUACAAUUGAAUUUAUUUGUAUCGCCAGUCAGCAAUCCGCUUACAAACGAUGUCACGAAAAUCGGAGCUAUUGAACAUUUUGACUAUUACAAAGAGUUGAAGCGUGACUUUUUGGUAGACAUUCCAAGAAAAACAUAUAGAAAUGGUACAAUGUAUUUACAUUUGGUGUUGGUAAAUGAUAUUGGCGUGCAAUUCGAAUGGCGACACUUAAAACGGGAAGGACUAACCAUACUCCAACGUAUCGCAUUGACUGAAUAUAUGAUUCCACGGCCGGCAACAUUUAAUUUGCUUAAUGAAAAUGAGAAAGAGCCUAUAGCGUCCCAAAAUCGAAAAACAGUAUCGCAUUGGAAACCAAAAAUUUAUGUUACAUUAUUAACUGAUCAUUUUUCUGUUUCAAAUCAAGACAUACCACCGGAAAUGGGACCUUUGAUAAGAAUCACGAAAGAUAAAGAUAUUCUUCCCAUCGUUCAGAAUGAUUUUCUUAAAACACGAUUGAUCGAUUUAAUUGAAAUGAGUUCAAAUACAACGAAUCUUCCAUUGACGUUCACAUAUACACCGAUUAGUAUUGGCAAACUUCGACUAAUUUUGCAUGUAGAACACGCACUCAGAGCUCUGAAGCAAUUUGGAUUUACAAUCAAAGAUAUCGACGAAGUCAAAGGCAUUUUCUCUGAAGCAAACUUGUAUUUAUUAUGUGGUACUAUGUUCAUUGGUAGCGUUCAUCUUCUCUUCGAUUUCUUAUCAUUUAAAAAUGACAUCUCAUUCUGGAGGAAGAAGAAGAGCUACGUGGGCCUAUCGUUACGCACAACUUUGUGGCGAACUUUUAGUCAAAUUGUAAUAUUUUUGUACUUAGUGGAUGAGCAUACAUCACUUUUAGUGUUAAUCCCCGCGGGUAUUGCAACUGUUAUAGAGUUGUGGAAAUCGAAGAAAAUUUUAAAACUUGAAUUGUCAUGGAGUGGCAUUAAAGUGAAAUCAACCACUGAAAAUAAAUCGCUUCAAAAGGCUGAGGCACUAACAAAGGAGAUUGACAGAGAAGGAAUGCGCUAUUUGUGUUAUUUGUUGUAUCCAUUGUGCAUCGCAGGGGCCGCGUAUUCGUUGUUAUAUCAACCACAUAAAAGUUGGUAUUCCUGGACAUUGAACUCAUUAGUGAAUGGAGUGUAUGCAUUCGGUUUCUUAUUUAUGUUACCGCAAUUAUUUGUGAAUUAUAAAUUGAAAUCAGUGGCCGCACUUCCAUGGCGUGCAUUCAUGUACAAAGCGUUUAAUACAUUUAUCGAUGACGUAUUUGCAUUUAUCAUAACAAUGCCCACAUCGCAUCGUAUUGCCUGUUUCCGCGACGACAUUGUGUUUUUAAUUUAUUUGUACCAACGAUGGUUAUAUCCGGUGGACAAGAAUCGAAUGGAUGAUGGUACUGGUGAAUUUACGGAAAGUGACGCUGUUGAGAAUCACGAUCAAGCCAAUUCUAAGAAAAAUAAAUAAAUAAAAAUAAAUUACAAAAUAUCGCACACUUCAAAUUUUAACUAUCGACUAUUGAAAAAUACAUUUUCAUCACUAAAUA